CCGUCGUCUUGGCAACCAAAGUUUUCGUUUGCCCGACCGGCGCCAACAAAGAAAGCGACCAGGUCCGAGCAAUCAAGUGCCUGGGAAGAAGUUGCCAUAGAAACUUGAAUCAAGCAAUCGUCCGGCUGCAGGGACCCAUCUUGAGUGCACCCCACAUCAUUGAGAGAUGUCGUCUUCUCGGCGUGACGUCAUCGACUUCUCGGCGUUGGAGAAAGAUUUACGCGCCAGCGUGGAGGCAGAGCUGAAAUACCGACGAGAGAACGACGCCAAACUGAGGGCCGUCCAGCAAGGCGUGGCUUCGUACCAGCAGUUCAGGGAUUUGGUCCUGACCAGUCACCUGACGCCGCUCCACAAGACCGACAAGAAUGCUCGCAAGCACGCGCCCUGGAACCCAGUGGUUGCUACUGGCAACACACCUGACCCUCAAGAACAACAUGCAUACACACAUGAACCUCAAUAAUAAUAAAACUCAACCCAGACCCUUAGUAACAAAAAAAAAAUACACAUUAGACCCUCAGUAACAGGUGAAGAAAGCUGAAUGUGAACACAAGUUGUGAAUAAAAGUUUUUUUUGGAGUCUAAAAA